AUCCGGUGGUGCUUAUGCUGGUAACAUUUUAAUUUUCUUCUUUGCAGCUCUUGAGUGAUCAAGACAAAUUCAAAACUUGGUUGGAAGAGAAGGAGACUGAGCAGACAAAGACUUCUGCAUUCAGCACGCCAGCAUUCACAUCUGAAGAAGUAUACAUGAAGCUUUGGGAUUUGCAAGCUAAGGUUGACAGCAUUAACAGAAUUCCAAAGCCAAAACCUAAAAUUGAGAAGCCAGUAAAAAUUGAAACCGUGAGCGAGGGGGAGAACGUUAAAGAUUCCAACACAACUUCCGGCAAUACAUCAGAAAGUGACAAACCAGCCACUGAGUCAGAUGCCCCAGCAGCCGAUGAAAAAGUUGAAGCAGCCGAUGAAAAAGGCGAAGCAGAAGCUGAGGGCCACGAUGAGUUAUAAUCAAGUUGAUACGAGUUGCACGUUUCAUGAACAAAUUACUGCCCUUUAAAAGUUGGAAAACUUGUGUUUGGCAAAAUGGUAGAGAUAGGGAAAUGAAUUCCACCUAGAGGUUUUGUUCAAUAGGAGGACACUGGGCCUAUUAGUAGCUUAACAAGGCUUCUUUACUCUAUUUAUCCUUGAUCAGCAUUAACUCUUAACAUAGUUGAGGGGACAUUUCUGGGUAAUCGAGUUUGUCCCAUAAACAUUUUUGGCAUUCUGAUUAAGAUUUUUGUUAUAUAAGAAGCAUUCAUCAUCAUAAACCCAAGAUAUUGCU